UUAUUUUGUAGGCACGAUUGUAAAUUCCGGUGUACUUCUCGAGAAAUUUGUGCCGCGGUCUCACUCACAAACAAACGGUUGCUUGGUUGCUAGACGACCCGAUAUAAACCACCCAGUAAUCUCCUCGCUCGGAGGAAAACAUGUUGACGUAGCUUUUGGAGACAUGUCGCCGACAACCUCGACGAGCGGAACCUCCGUGGAGAACGUGAAGAACUGAGCAGCCAAUGCUAAUGCUAAUGCUAAUGCCGCGUUCCAUUUAAAUUAAAGGCAAGUCGGCAAUGCUACUGUUUUGCUAGUCUUCCAACGAAUUAAAUGGACACCAGGACUAAUAAAAAACGCAAAAUAAGCCUCCUCAUGUCUCCUCUCCACGCCGGCACCACGAGCUGACAUGUCCGCCUAACACGCUCACCCGUCGGCCGCCAACAUGUCAGUUGGGGUCAGCGAUGUCCCCACGGAUGAAGACUGCGAGGUGCUGCCUGAGGACAGCUCCUUAUACUCCAGUGAUUUUGUGAAAAAGACACCAAAAAGGAGAUCAGGAAAGCCUCCACCUUCCUUCAGGUCCCCGUACCUCACCAGCCUUCACGCCAACCCCAAGAGAACGGCAUCGGCGGCGGUUGCCGCCUGGAGGCUCCCGAGGCCGUCUCCCUGCGACACUCCCAGGGAGACGGGCUCGGCUCGCCUGACGUCCCACAGCAACCACCGCGGUAGGAGCAACAACGCAGGCGUAGACUCUCAAGAGACCGUUUUAAAUCAGCGAUCGGAGUGGGACUUGACGCCGGAUUUUCCCAGACAUACCUUGCCCACCAGGAAAUACUUUCACUCUGCUUCCAACGGCGUCAGUGCCCGCAGAGACAAGGAGGACAUGCACGACGAACUGACUCUCCUCAAAAAGAGUCUCCAUGAGCAGAAGUCUGACAACCAGAAAAUGAAAGCCAAAAUUCGCCGCCUGGAGGAAGACAACACCAAAAGAGAGAGGCAGCUGGAAGAGCUCCUGGAUCCCACCAAAAAGUCAGAAUACACUCGCAGCUUGGUGGAUCGCAAACACGAAGGAAGUGUGGUUCUGAACGGGUUGAAGCAGAGAGUCCUGAAACUGGAGCAGCAGUGUCGAGAGAAGGAGAACACCAUUGGUAAACUGCAGAACGAGCUGAGGGCUACCAACUUGGAGGAGAUGAGGAUGACUUUGAAGAACUACUAUGAAGAGAUCCAAAGACUGAGGAUACUUCUUGACGCUUCAGAGAAAAGCGGUCUAGCAGACAGUAAAGUCUUCCGGAGGCAGCAGAAGGCUCUGAGUUCCACAGUUCUCCGUCUAUCUGAGAACCUCAAGCAGAUUCAGCUGGAGAACGCCGCGCUCAGACAGGAGCUCGACACAGAGAGCCCCUCUGUUGGACUCAAAGGUUACAAAGAGUGGAGCAAAUACCGCCUCUUGAGAAGACUGCUGGAAUUGGAGAAAAAGCUGGAAGAGAGCACCAGAAGGGCAAAACACUUGGACCAGGCGUCUCAGACCACACUCCCUGGUAUUCUGCACCAGGCCUCUCAGACCAUUCCCACCGGUAUUCUAAACCACGGGUCUCAGACCACGCCCAAAGGGAUCCUUGACUUGGCCGUUCAGACCACACACACGGAGACCAUCGAUACGGAGACGAUGACGGAGGUGGACGAGGUCGCCGAUCUAAGAGAGCGUGUGGAGCAACUGGAGGCAGAGAGGGCACAACUUCAGGAGUGGCUGUCAACUGGAGAAGAGGAAGUACGGCAACUGAGGAAAGCAAGAGAAGAAGAGUCGGAACGAGUGAAAGCUGAAAAACAGCAGUACAUCGAUGAAGUUGAACAGCUAAGGACGGAAAAAGAGGAACUGGAGCAAAGGCUGGAACACUGGAAAGUGGAGCAGACAAGCGAACGGGACAUCGACAGACGACAGCACGAAGAGGAACGACAACAGCUGAGGACGGAACGAGAACACCUGGAGAAAGAGUGUGAACGAUUGGAACAGGAAGUGAAAGCGGAGCGACAGCAACACGAAGAGGAACUGAGGCAGCUGAGGGUCCAGGCUCCGGAGAACAAACGGGAACCAUGUGACGCGGGUCAGGCCGCUGCGUCUCGCAAGGAGGAUGACGACGAAGAGGAGAUCGAAGAGGAAGAAGAGGAGUAUGAUUGUCUGAGGAAGUACAGGAAUGAGGCAGGGGACUCAACUAAUCCAAGUGACGGACAAUUGCUGGACGAGGUUUCCUUGACGACCAUACAAUCAGCUUUCAGGGCGCAUCUUGCUCGCAGCCAACAUAUCACAGAGAGCUCAGGGUCCUUUGACUCAUCCGCAUCCAAAAACAUCUUGCCGUCGCUGGCGUCGAAAGGAGCGCCAUCACAAGGAGCUGCUUCCAGUAAACAUCAAGCACAGGAUGAAGACCUGUGGCCCGUCUCCAGGACUCAAACAUCGGUGAAGACGACCCCUGAAGCACAACAACCACAAUCAGCGUGCGCCGCCGAGCCGGACGCUGGAGACGACGCCCCUUUGCACGAUUCGGACGACUCGGACGACAUCAUCAUCGCCGAGUCCUACCCUCGGAGGAACAGAGAGACCAGGGUCGCGUGACCAAUGCCGGGAACAAGAACUUCAGUCCGUCGUGGACAAAACAAAGGCCGGAUUAUUCCAGGAUGUUACUCGCCCGCUGCUGUCUCUUGUUCCAACUUUGAAGGACUUCCUGUCACGUGAGAACCUGAAUUUGCACGUCGGAUUCGUUAUUUCUCUGGCGUGUUUUUUUUUUGCCAAAGUGCCUACAAGCUGGAUAUCCAAGUAACUACUACUACUGCUCUAGCAAUACAUGUACUGAGUGAGCCACACUGACACAAUGAUGGAGUCACGGUUUUAGUCUUUUUUUGUCAACAUAACAAGUCUUAAUUACAAUAGUCACUUUUCUAUUAAUGAAAUACAUUCCUCUAGUGAAAAGCCGCCGUAAAAAUCUGACUUGUUUGCACAUGAGUUAGUUUUUUUAAUGAAAUGAUGGCAAUUUGAUGCUCCAGGUAUGCUUUUAUAGUCAUUUCCACCACAUAACAGAAAAACUAUUUUAAUACAUUUCAAUGUCUUUUUAUCAAGAAAAAUUGGCCACAAUUCCUUUUUUUUUUUUUUUUAAACAAUAAAAUUAUCUUGGCUGA